AUGCUGAAAGACAAGAGGAAAGUCAAGAAGUUCUCCAAAAACAUCGAAAGACAGGAGAAAAGUCCACAAGACAGUUUUUCAAAACCACCAAAAACAAGAAAAUCCACAAGAAAUUUACAAGGCUUACUAGAAAAGGUCAAAAGAUUAGAAGUUUACUUACUAAUAAAUGCUAAAAGACAAGAGGAAAGUCUGCAAAAAGUUCUCCAAAAACAUCGAAAGACAGGAGGAAAGUCCACAAGACAGUUCUUCAAAACUACUAAAAACAAGAAAAUCUACAAGAAAAUUCCCCAACAAACAAAAGAUCUACAAGAAAGUUCACCAAACAAUUCUGAAAGAUUAACAAGAGGAAAGUCUGCAAGAAAGUUCUCCAAAAAUGUCGAAAGACAAGAGGGAAGUUUACAAGAAAGUUUUCCAAAAAUGUCGAAAGAUAGGAGGAAAGUCCAUAAGAAA